AUGGCCAAGGCGGAGAAGCUGGUGGUGGAGGUGGUGGCGGCGCACAACCUCAUGCCCAAGGACGGCCAGGGCUCCUCGUCGGCGUACGUCGAGGUGGAGUUCGAGCACCAGAAGCUGCGCACGCGGGCCAGGCCCAAGGAGCUCAACCCCGUGUGGAAUGAGCGCCUCGUCUUCGCCGUCGCCGACCCCGGGGGCCUGCCCUACCGCGCCAUCGACGUCGGGGUGUACAACGAGCGCGCCGCGUCCGGGGCCGGCGGUGGCGUGGCGGCGCCGCACGGGCGGAACUUCCUCGGGAAGGUCCGCGUCGCGUGCGCCGGCGUGCCGGCCCCCGGGGAGGAGGUCGUGCCGCAGCUCCACACGCUUGAGAAGCGCAGCCUCUUCUCCCACAUCCGCGGCGAGAUCACCUUGAAGAUUUAUCGCAUCAACUCCGGGGAUGUUGUUGUCAAGUCCAAGCCGGAGAAGCCGGUGAAGGCGGUGGUGUCUGGGCCGGAGGUGGUGGCCGCGCCGCCGGUCAAUGGGACCAAGAAGCAGCAGCAGCAGCAGCAGCAGCAGCAGCCGGUGGUGGCCGUGCAGCCGCCGCCUCCGCAGCCGCAGGCGCCCAUGGACAUCCUGCCUCCUCCUGCCCCGGUGCUCAUGAAGCCUGUAAUGCUCGCCGAUCCCUACCCCGCCUCGGCCGUGUUCUCCGGCCCCGGCGACUUCUCUCUCAAGGAGACACGGCCCCGCCUCGGCGGCGGCACGACGGCCGACAAGGCGAGCGCGACCUACGACCUGGUCGAGCAGAUGCAGUAUCUCUACGUGCGCGUGGUGCGCGCGCGCGGCGUGCCGGCGGUGGGCGAGACCGUCGCGGAGGUCAAGCUGGGGAACUACCGCGGCGUGACCCCGGCCACCGCCGCGCACCACUGGGACCAGGUGUUCGCCUUCUCCAAGGAGACCAUCCAGUCCUCGUUCGUCGAGGUCUUCGUGCGCGCGCGCGGCAGCGACGACCACGUCGGCCGCGUCUGGUUCGAUCUCUCCGAGGUGCCGCGCCGAGCACCGCCGGACAGCACGCUCGCGCCGCAGUGGCACAUCAUGGAGGACCGCAAGGGCGAGCGCGGCGCCGCGGAGGUGAUGAUCGCCGUCUGGUUCGGCACCCAGGCCGAUGAGGCCUUCGCCGAGGCCUGGCAUUCCAAGGCGGCCGGCGUCCAUGGCUAUGGACCAUUGGGCUCCAUCAAGUCCAAGGUGUAUGUCGCCCCCAAGCUGUGGUAUCUUCGUGUGUCCGUCAUUGAAGCCCAGGACUUGAUCCCCAUGGACAAGGGGCCAAUGGCGAUUGGCCGGUACCCGGAGCUGUUUGUGCGCGCGCAGGUCGGGAGCCAAAUGCUGCGCACACGGCCGGCACCAGUGGCGGCGAACCGGGGACCAUCAAGCCCAUUCUGGAAUGAAGACCUGAUGUUUGUGGUUGCUGAGCCAUUUGAGGAGUUCUUGGUGUUGUCUCUGGAGGAUCAUGUGUCACCAGGAAGGGAUGAUGUUCUUGGCCGCCUUGUUGUUCCAGUAUCCUCCAUUGAGAGGCGAUGGGACGAGAAGCUUGUCGUGUCCAGGUGGUUUGGGCUCGACCGUGGCGCUGGUGGUGGCAAUGUCGGGAGUGGCAACACGAAUAGGUUUGGGAGCCGCGUGCAUCUCCGCUUAAGUCUUGAUGGGGGAUAUCAUGUUCUUGAUGAGGCUACUGCAUACAGCAGUGAUCUCCGGCCUACUGGAAAACAGCUGUGGCAACCACAUGUUGGGGUUCUUGAGCUUGGUGUUCUUGGUGCAACUGGAUUGAUACCGAUGAAGACUCGUGACGGCAGAGGUGCAACAUCAGAUGCAUACUGUGUUGCAAAGUAUGGCCAGAAGUGGAUUCGCACUCGUACUGUCGUCGACUCUGUGUGCCCUAGGUGGAAUGAGCAGUACACAUGGGAGGUGUUUGAUCCUUGCACUGUGAUCACAGUUGGUGUGUUUGACAAUUGCCAUGUUGACAAACCAGCUUCGGGGAAUACCACAUUGGCUGUCCGUGAUAAUUGCAUCGGCAAAGUUCGUAUCCGGCUUUCGACAUUGGAGACUGAUAGGGUGUAUACACAUGCCUACCCCCUUCUCAUGCUGCAUCCAUCAGGGGUCAAGAAGAUGGGAGAGCUUCACUUAGCUGUGCGCUUCUGCUGUGGCAAUGCUGGCAACAUGUUCCAUGCCUAUGUGCGCCCACUGCUUCCAAAGAUGCACUAUAUCGAGCCGCUGCUUGUGCGCCAGGUUGAGAGUCUUCGCUUCCAGGCUACCAAUGUUGUAGCAGCUCGCCUUGGCCGCGCUGAGCCACCACUUGGCAGAGAGGUUGUUGAGUACAUGCUAGACCACCGUUCACAUCUAUGGAGCAUGCGGCGUAGCAAGGCAAACUUCUUCCGCCUUGUCACCGUGCUCUCUGGUCCAAUCACUAUUGGCAGAUGGUUUGAACUUGUCCGCUCUUGGCAUCGCCCGGUGCAUUCAUGCCUUGCUGUAUUUACAUUCCUGGUGUUUGUCACAAUGCCAGAGUUGAUUCUUCCAACAGCGUUCCUGGCGAUGGCAUUCACCGGGUUAUGGAGGUACCGUGUCCGCCCAAGGCACCCGCCUCACAUGGAGAUGAGGCUAUCCCAUGCAGAUGCCGCCACCGUGGAUGAGCUGGAUGAGGAGUUUGACACAUUCCCUUCGAGCCGAGGAGAUGUUGUGCGCUUCAGGUAUGACCGCCUUCGCAGCGUGGCAGGGAGGGUGCAGACGGUGGUUGGCGACAUUGCGACUCAGGGUGAGCGAAUGCAGGCUCUUCUCAGCUGGCGUGACCCGAGGGCGACACUGCUUUUCGCAAUCGCCUGUGUUCUUGCAGCGGUCAUUGCAUAUACCAUACCGAUGAAGGUGCUGGUUGGGCUCUGGGGCCUCUAUGCUCUGCGGCCGCCAAGGUUCCGCAGCAGGAUGCCGUCUCCGCUGAUGAACUUCUUCAGGAGGCUGCCUUCCAAGGCUGACAGCCUGCUCUGAUCCUCGUUGCUGUGCAGCUGUUGACAAGGUAGCUAACCUUGUGGUAUGAUCAGUGAUUUUGGCGGGAAGGAGAUGCUUCAAAGGAAUCUAGGAAGAAACAAACUUGCAGUAGGUUCAGGUUGGUUGCUUAGUUUAAUGCUUUUAGGUAAUGUAUGCUGCUCUAUGGUGCAACUUGUAGUAGUUGCAGACUUGCAGCAGGCUUGUUCUUGUGCCUUUCAGUUCAUCAGGUUGAUACUUGAGAGUUUAUGAGGAGGCUGUUAGCUGUAUUGUGUUCUGGACUGCAACUGUCAGAGUGCAGUGUGGCUUAGUACUAAUACUAGUAGUAAAUGUUUAAUUGGUUUUACUAUUAGUACCUGUGUUCUUCAAGAUGGUGGUGCCUCACACAUGUGCCAAUGUGGGUGUGGCUUUUGUGACACUUCCUUUUGUUUUGUUUUUGUCUCCAUUCUGUUCCCAUG